UGAGAUGUUGGGUAUGUGAGUAAUAAUUUAAAGUUACAAUCUUUUUGGUUGUAUUCAUGAAUUAUUGGAAAUUCUGACGUGGGUCCAUUUUGAGACUUCAAGAAAUGAACUUGGAUAUUGGACUAUUGGAUUUUUGUCAAUUCUUGAAUUUGUGAACACUUUGAGGAUUGUUGUUUGUUUAUUGGGUGUAUAUGUAGUAUUUUUUUCCUUUCAUUUGAUUUGAAUGGAGUACUGUAUGAUUGAUGCUGAUGGAUUGGGCAACAGCUCGGACAUUGAAGUCGAUGACAUAAGGUGCGAUAAUAUAGAGGAAAAAGAUGUGAGUGAUGAAGAGAUUGAUCCCGAGGAAUUGGAGAGGCGAAUGUGGAAGGAUCGCGUCAAGCUCAAGAGGCUUAAGGAAAGGCAAAAACUUGCUGCACAGCAAGCUGCAGACAAGCAGAAGAAUAAGCAAACCACCGAUCAAGCUCGGCGGAAAAAGAUGUCAAGAGCUCAGGAUGGGAUUCUGAAGUACAUGUUGAAACUCAUGGAGGUUUGCAAGGCUCGAGGAUUUGUUUAUGGCAUCAUACCAGAGAAGGGUAAACCAGUGAGCGGUGCGUCUGAUAACAUAAGAGCUUGGUGGAAGGAGAAGGUGAAGUUUGAUAAGAACGGUCCUGCUGCAAUAGCAAAGUAUGAAGCAGAAUGUCGUGCGAAAGGAGAGGGCGUUGGUAAUCAAAAUGGUAACCCGCAAAGCGUUCUGCAGGAUUUGCAAGAUGCAACGUUGGGGUCCCUUUUGUCUUCUUUAAUGCAACAUUGUGAUCCACCUCAGCGGAAGUUCCCGCUGGAGAAAGGUGUCUCACCGCCCUGGUGGCCAACAGGAAACGAGGAAUGGUGGGCAAAAAUGGGACUGCCUAAGGGUCAGAAACCGCCGUACAAGAAGCCACAUGAUUUGAAGAAAAUGUAUAAAGUUGGUGUUCUAACUGCUGUUAUAAAGCAUAUGUCACCUGAUAUCGCAAAGAUCAGGAGACUAGUCCGGCAGUCAAAGUGUUUACAGGAUAAGAUGACUGCGAAGGAGAGCUCAAUAUGGUUAGCUGUCUUAAGUAGAGAGGAGUCCACUAUCCAGCAACCGAGCAGUGACAACGGGUCAUCCAGCAUAAGCGAGGCACCUAAUAGAAUUCGCGGUGAAAAGAAGAAACCUUCUGUUGAUAGUGAAAGUGAUUAUGAUGUUGAUGGUGUCAAUGAUGGUAAUGACUCUGUUUCAUCUAGGGAUGAGAGGGGAAAUGAACCAUCGAAUGCUCGUCCUCAAUCUCACCAAGGUAAGGAGCAAGGAAAUGGACAACGUCGAAAAAGAAAACGUGCUAGGUCGAACCCUCAACAGACUCAACUAUCUCUCAACAACCAGCAACCUGAUGAUGAGGCUAGAAAUACCUUACCUGAUAUAAACAAUUCAAAUGUGCUGUUUGCCGGGCACAUCACAAAUGAAAGCCAACCAGAGAAGGAUCAACCUGAAUUACAAUUAAGAGACUCUAACCUUUCCGUGGUUCCAUCAACUAAUGCGGUCUCUACAGAGGAUGCAUUCAUCGGCAAUGGGCCAUCAAUUAAUCCAGUGUUGGAAAACUCUGAGGUUGUCCCAUAUGAAUCGAGGUUUCAUCUUGGAACUCAAGAUUCUGUUGUGCAGCACCAGCUUCAUGAUACUCAGUUGCAGAGCAGAACCCAAUUUUCUGGGAUGAAUAAUGAACCUAGAAGUUCCAUAUUUCAUUAUGUACCUCCAAACAAUGGGUUACAUAAUGGACCUGAAAAUUCUGUCAUACAUCAUGAAUUACAGGAUCCUGGUUUUGCUCAUGGAUCUCAAUAUCCUAACUUGCAUCAACCUCAUAUAUAUCAAUAUUAUACACCGUCAGCUGAAUUCGUGUCAGCUCAUGAUGAACAGCAGUCUCAUUUGGCGUUCAAUGAACCUCAGAUUAAAACAAAGGAUUCUGGAGUUAGGUCAUCAGUGCUUCAUGGUAGUAGAAAUGAUAUUGCCAGAGAAGAUCACCAUUAUGGAAAAGACACAUUUCAGCAUGAUCAUGAUAGGCCUGUUGAGAUGCAUUUCGCAUCUCCAGUUGCUGGUGGCUCACCGGAUUAUGCUAGACUCAGCAGUCCGUUUAACUUUGAUCUUGAUGUCCCGAGUACAUUAGAUACUGGUGAUUUUGAACUAUUCCUUGAUGAAGACGUGAUGACAUUCUUUGCCUCGUAAACAACUAUGCUAAAACUACAACAUUUAGAAUGUACCUGAAAACUGCUGCAACAUAUAGUUAGCUGGAGUGAGUCCUCUCAUAAAAUGAGAACCGGGACUGUAAGUUAUGGUAUCGGCUGUCAAAAUGUAAAUUCAGUAGCAGAAAUUCUUUUUUUCUUUUCCUUUUCUUGGCAUGUCUUUUACAUGUUGCAGACUUGUGCUUCGCGUAAUUGGGAUAGUUUCUGAUUGAAAAAAGGCAGGAGAGCCGAAAGCCAGAGUUCCUUCUCAUCUUCUUUAUUCAUAGCAAACUUACUCGUCGUGCUAAGAAAUGUUUUCUCAAGUGCUACAAAUCAAAAUGGUUACACGUAUUUGUUCCAUUCUUGAGGAAAAGCAUUAGUACAUGUUCCAGUGCUCAUUUCGAGGUUCUCUUUCUUUAUAAUAUGGAUACCACCACAUUCAUCAACAGCCUAAUUAACAUGCCAAGUAGGCUUCAUUAAUUGUGGAGCAGUUUGUGCCAUUUGUUCUGGAAAAUGGUAAGGUAAUAACAGGAGUAAAUGAAGAAGGGAAAAAGCAAUGGAAAUCUUUACGAGUGGUCUGAGUCUCGACACCAACUUUCCAAUCCUUGCGGACUUGAAUUGGAUCUGUGCAAAGUAGGAGGUAAAUCUGUACAUAAGAGGAAAUUUAGCUGAAUUCCGAGUGAAAAAAUAUAAAUCAGCACUCCUUCCCCUACCCCUCCCAACUUUCAACCCUUGAACAAACCAUUAUCUAAGUUUGAGUGUGUGAAGAUUCUCUUGUAAUGCCAAACAGCCAAAGAGAUUGACUUUCUACGGUCUACUUUAAGCUAAAGUCUCUGCUUUCAUUCCUGUCACAAAAUCACAACUUGACACCAUCUUAGUUACAAGAGCUUGACAUCACCCUAGCAUUGUCUUAUUGAGCAUCAAAUGUUGAACAUAUGACUUAACUUUUAUGUUCCAUCUUAAAAAUGUAUUAUUGUUGGUUUUA